AUGUUGGUUAUCAGCGUCUGGAUUGCCGCCAUUAAGAGUCAAUUCGAGGCGGUCGACGAUAUUUUGACCUACCCAUCCCUACUCUCCAUCGGGGCUUCGCUAAUCGUACUGUUCACCUCGGCCGUCGGUAUUAUCGGAGCGGUUAAGGAUAAUACGGUUCUUCUUAGAUCGGUGUACACAGUUCUGGACGAUCAAAUGGAGAUGGCUCUAAAAAACUACUUGAACGAUGUUAACCUACAAUCAGCCGUUGACUCCAUACAACAAAGAUUUGAGUGUUGUGGCCUGAACGCUCCUCAGAGUUGGGAGAUUAACGACAACUUUACGUGUUCGAAUGCAGGCUCAGCCCAAUCCUGCGACCUUCCCGACUCCUGCUGCAUGCGUAUGAAGCAGGAUUGUGGUAGAAAAGUACGAGUUAAUCUACCCCAGAACAGUAAAAGGUAUAAAGAUAUUUUGCAGGCCAAAGGAUUUUACACAAAUGGCUGCCGAAAAUUAUUCCUCCUUUGGUUGGAGUACAAUUUGGAAGUGCUAGGAGCAACAUCAUUAGCCUUCUCCAUCGUUCAUUGUGAUCAGACAUAA